AUGGAGAAGUGGGAUAUCAAAACACUGCAAAAAAACCGAGAAGCUCGAAGCAACCGACACAGUAGAGAAAACCCAUCUUUCUCCUCCACUCUCCUCGACACCAUUUACCGUUCGAUCGACGAACCCAACACCGGUGAAGGAGUUUCAAGAAGAGAAGAGCAACAACACCUUAUCUUCUACAAAGAAACCACGAAGAAAAAACAGAGCACCACCGCUGCUGCUGCUGCUACUACUACUACCAGUGGCCGCCAUGGCCUCUUCAAAGAAGACCAGGAACAUGAAAUUAUGAGCCUCCGAAGAGCCUGCUUGAUCGAGAAGUGGAUGGAGAAGAAAGUGACUGAUAAGUCCUUACCUGUUCGACGAAAUUCCAUGGCGGAUUUUGACACGAAGAAGUCGAGCUACAAUCGUAAUGAGUUCUUUUUGAAUUCGAGCUCCAGCUCUUCGGACUCGAGCUGCGGUGGUGGGUUUUCUUCAUCCGAGUCAGAUUCCAUGUACGGAUCAAAAUCGAGGUCAUCGUCGUCAUGCUACAGCAUGCACAGGCCUAAGCCAAUUCGAACCAGCAUUUCAUCCGAGAAGGUUCAAUUUGAGCAGAGAAAUCACCAUAAUUCACAGAAGACAAAGCACGAGAACAGUUUCGUGAAGACGAAAUCGAAAGCGCUGAAGAUUUACGGCGAUUUGAAGAAGGUGAGGCAGCCAAUUUCGCCGGGUGGCCGGCUCGCGAGUUUUCUCAACUCUCUGUUUAAUGCAGGGCACGUGAAGAAGUCCAAAAUUGAUGGUUUGGGUGUGGAGAGAAAACCAUCAUACGAUUUGGGUGAGGAGACAAAAUCAUCCUCAAAAUCUGGACAACAGGGGCAUUCAAACUCGAGCAGCACUUGUUCCUCAGCCUCUUCGUUUUCAAGGUCUUGUCUGCGAAAAACGCCUCUUUCGAGAAGUGAGCUGAGUGGCAUCGCCAGCAACAAUGGAGAUGUCGCAAAAAGGUCAGUGAGGUUCUGCCCUGUGAGCGUGAUUGUGGAUGAGGACUGUCGGCCAUGCGGGCAGAAGACUCUGCAUGAAGCAGAGCCGGGUUUAAUGGCGGCUGAGAAAGCCGCGAAACCUCCGACAAUUGAAGAUAUUAGGUUUGAGUGCUGUGUAAUGGAGGUUGAUGACGACGACGAACACCGUCGGAGAGUUGAGCAAGUUGCUAGAGAUUACUUGUUGUUGAAGAAUUAUCAGAAGAAGAAUGUUGAAGAAGAAGAUGAAGAUGAUGACGCAGAGAGUUAUGCAAGCUCUGAUCUGUUUGAGUUGGAUACUGCCGGGGUUGAAGAAAGGUACCGUGAAGAAUUGCCUGUGUAUGAGACUACCUUCUUCGACAGAAAUCGAGCCAUUUCUAAUCGUUUGAUUUUGUAA